AUGACCAACCAGUUCCCAGGACACUACAAGCCCAGCCUCAGUGACCACUGGAAUGACCUCUGUAUAGAUCAGGUGAAGGUAUCAAUCUACAAUGGUGGCCAAGAAAAGGCCUACAUCACGUUCAAUGCGGUUGGUGCCGAUAAGAACAGCUGGUUCACUGCUGAUAGGAUAAUUGACUCCUCUUACACGGACAUUAGAAAUGCUCCUAAAGAACUCUUCAGUCUUAUGGGAGAUGUGACAAGUGGACGUGAAUUCACAAUGAACAGUCAUUCCACCGGCAAUUGUGACACGUACGGUUGGAUGAUGGUUGCAACCCAGAGUGGCUGCUCCUUUGAAGCAAGUGCUGGUAACAAGCCUGCUUUCCUGUACUCCCCAGGACAGACUGCCUUACACUGGGGACAAGCUACUGCCUCUGGAGACGUCUUUGCUAUCACCGCCCACGGUAACUGUGGUGCAUCUCUGCAGUCAACACAGCAAACUGGCUUCACUCAGAUGAGCAGGGCCUGUAUCUACAAAGGGAAAAUCUACAGUCAAGGAGAUCACUGGACGGAUGGAUGUGAAUACAACUGUACUUGUGUCGACGAGACUACUGGACGAUACAACUGUGUCAAUUUGUGUGCAACUUUCACUAACUUACCACAAGGCUGUACUUUGGUGAAGAAGCCAGGAGAAUGUUGUGCCCUACCCGACUGUGGUAACUACACUCUUCCAGGCUCUGGUCAGGGUUCAGGUUUCUGUUACUACAAGGGACAAAUGCACGGACAAGGGUGAACAAUGGAAUGACGGCUGUGACUACAAGUGUACCUGUCAAGAUGCUACAACAGGAACAUACAGGUGUACAGACAGAUGCUAUAAAUGGAACCUGCCUGCCGGACUUUGUACCCUGGAUCCUGCUCCAGCUGGAAAGUGUUGUCCUGUCCCCAACUGUAGCUCACAGGUGGUCUUACAAUACCCUCCAGGUUACGUACAGGAAUGAGAUUCAGAACACACAUAGACGUUUUGUAAAUAGUGUGUAAUUUAAUUUUUAUGUGAAAGAACCUGUACACCAUGAUUUAUAAAUAAAUUAUGAACAAAACUAA